AUGCUUCAAUAUAUUACUGUGUUUGAUCCAACCAGAAGUAAGGAUGAAACUGAUACUUAUAAGCAAUUAUUAAUAUUUCAUAGUUUCCAAGAUUGUGAACUCUCCCUAAAUGAUAAAUUAGGGAAAAUUGGAAUCAUGCAGGCCAUGUUUUCAUUAACAGAGCCACAAUCAUGUAAUAAUGAGGAUUCUAAUGUGAAUGAAAAUGAAGAUAAGGAAAGAAUUAUUGAACUAGAUGAUGAAACUUUACUAAUAAUUAAAAUUGAAUCUAGAUUCUUCAUGGGUAUCUCCUUUAAUGGAUUCAAUCAAUCUCCAAAUUUAAUAAAUUAUAAAAUACCAUAUAAUUAUUAUUUAUCUCAUAUGUGGUAUUUUUAUAAAUUUUUUGUUUUAGAAAAUGGUUAUUUCUCUAAUUAUGAAAUUCCUUCUCAAUUAACAAAUAUUUUAAAUGAGCAAAUUGUAGUAUUUUGGGAUGAUAUUUAUAAUAAACCAGAAAUAAUGCUCAAAAAAGGAUUAUCAUGCAUGUGGCCAGAAUCCUAUAGAGUAUCGAAUAUAGAAAUUCAUGACAAUGAAAAUUCUUGGGAGUCAAUUAUUAAUCAAGAAAUUUUAUUAGAUGCAGAAAAUUUUCUUGGUAUAAAAGAUAUCUUGGUUUAUCAAUUACCAGAUUUAAAUCAAAAAAAAAAAAUUCUAAAGAUAAUAUAUUAUCAAAAGACAGUAAUGGCAAUGCUAAAAUACAAUCGAAUAAAUUCUAAAACUUAUGGAUUGGUUAGAAACUUUACUUCUGAAUUUCAAUCAUUAUGUAGUUUAUCAAAUUGGAUUUACCAUUUGCACGCAUUACAUGAGAAACUUACAUCAAGCAUACUUGCUGGUACCACUUCAUUUAAUGAUUUUUCUGGAGAAUCGGUGGAUAGAAGUAUGGGGUAUGUAAGUUCAAUUAAUAACAAAGGGCAUGGCAUCAUUGAAGCUGAGAAUGUUGGAAGAUCUACUGAUAGUAAUGAACAUCAACUCCAGGAAUCUAGAAAUAAUAAUUCUAGCGCUGCAAAGUUAGCUAAUAAACAAUCAUUUGGUUAUCAAGCUAAAAAUGUUUUUUAUAAUAUGGCUUUACCCAUAACCUUUGCAUACGAUGCAGUUCAAGAAGUUGGUGCAACUACCGGAGUUUCAAAUAGUAUGUCAUUAAUAACAGAUUAUAUACCAUUUUUAAAGUACGGUAAAGAAUGGGAAGAAAAUGAAUUAAAUAGAUCACAACAAGAAAUUGAUGAGUAUUUCCAUAGUUUGAAUAAGAAUAAUUAUGGAUAUUUAAUUUCUCCAAGUUUCCCCAAAAAUGUCUCAAUUAAUUACAAAGUAAGAAAAAUGCUGUUGAAUUUUUCUAGUAAUUGUCAAUCCACUCAAAAUACGAAUACUUCAAAUCAAGAUAUGAAUAAUUCAAGUAAAGAAAUGAAGAAUCUAAAUGAAAAAUAUUAUAAUUUACUAUUUUGGUAUUAUCGUGAUACGUUAGUAGUGAUAAUAUGUGAUUUACAAUUCAAUAAAAUCUGGGAACAAGAAUAUUUGAAAAAAUUAGAAUUGAAAUUAUUGAAGAGCUUAAGUCGUUUUUAUGAAACAAUGUUCGAUCAUGAUAAUAAGAAGAAGGCAUCUCAGAAUUCAUUUAAAAAGGAAUAUGAAGAUUUUGGUUACAUGAGAUUAGAUAAGACUAGUAAUCCAAAUAAUAGUAAAGGUGGGAUGGAAAUGAAUAUAUCUAUUCCAAGUUGGGUUUAUUAUUCUAGAGCUAAUCUAGUUUCAAAAGAAGAGAGUUCAUCAUCAGAAAGUGCUAUUGAAGGGAUAUUUCCUGUAAAUGGGAAUCUCUCAAAUUCAAUUGCAAAUUCGGAUAUAAAUUCUCCAACUGAUACUAAUACUGUAUCAAAUCAACGUGAUAAUUCUAAUCAUACAUCAAAUGAAAACAUUACUGAAAAUGUUCAAUCUGAUACUAAUUUGAAUGCCCCAUUGGAUGAUCAAUCAAAUGAAAAUACAAAUAUAAAUGCAAAUAUACGAUCAAAUGAAGAUAUAAAUUCCAUUUCUCAUGAUUCUAAUGAUGCCAAUACCAUUGCCCCAUCAAAUAAUACUGAUGCACCUGCUCAAUCAGAUGAACAAGCUAAUUCUUAUUGGACUCAUGGAUUGCAUAUGAUGGGAUCUUAUCUGUACGGUACUAGACCAACUACCAAUUCCAAUACUUCAAUACCUAAACCACAAGAUAAGGAGAUAUAUUACCAACCUAACGGAAAUUUUUUAGACAUGCUUGACAAUAAUAAAUUAAUAGAGUUUAACAAGCAAUUGGAUAAGAUUAUAGUGAAUUAUUCUAAUAAUAAAAACAUUGAUUAUAAUCUAAAUAAGUAUUCUAUCAUUAAAAGGGGUAUUAAAGAAGAAAGAUUAAUUAAAUUGAAUAAUGGUAUAAUUUGUUUUUACGUGAAAAUGAAAACGAAAUUUUAUUAG